AGCGAUCCCACUCCACCACGAUCUCAGGUGCUCUUCUCGUCUUCAGUCAGAUCCCUGCAAAGCAAGGAAGGCAGCAUGGUCUUCCCCAACUGGCAGCAGCAGGAGCCGGUCUUCCUCGUCUUUGGACGCAGCGGCUGGAUUGGCGGCCUUGUUGGAGAGCUUUUGACCUCUCAGGGAACCAAAUUCGAGUAUGCCAAUGCUCGCUUGGAGGACCGCGCAGGAAUUCUGGCAGACAUCGAGCGGGUGAAGCCCACGCACGUCCUCAACGCAGCUGGUCUCACAGGACGGCCCAAUGUGGACUGGUGUGAAGACCACAAGAUUGAGACCAUCAGGGUCAAUGUCUUGGGGAUGCUGAAUCUGGCGGACAUCUGCCUGGAGAAGAAGCUCCACCUCACAACCUACGCCACUGGCUGCAUCUUCCACUACGACAAGGACUUCCCUGAGGGCUCUGGCAAGGGCUUCAAGGAGACUGACACACCCAACUUCACCGGCUCCUACUACUCCUACACAAAGGCAAUGGUGGAGAGCCUGCUGAAGGAGUACCCCAACAUCCUGGUGCUGCGCGUGCGGAUGCCCAUCGUGGGAGACCUCACCUACACCCGCAACUUCAUCAGCAAGAUCAUCCGAUACGACAAGAUCAUCAACAUCCCCAACUCUAUGACUGUGCUGCCCGAGCUGCUGCCCUACUCCAUUGAGAUGGCCAAGCGCGGCCUGACGGGCAUCAUGAACUACACCAACCCGGGCGCUAUCAGCCACAACGAGAUCAUGGAGCUGUACAAGUCGUACGUGGACCCCGAGUUCACCUGGAAGAACUUCAGCGUGGAGGAGCAGGCCGAGGUCAUCAAGGCCCCCCGCUCCAACAACCUGCUGGACACCAAUAGGAUCGAGGGCGAAUUCCCCCAGAUCCUGCCCAUCCGCCAGAGCCUGAUCAAGCACGUCUUCGAGCCUGCUGCAGCCAACAAGGAUCAGGUGUGCGAGGCAGUGCGCGCCAUGCGCGGAGGCCGCGUAUGAAUUGGAAACCGAUUCAAAUCCAGGCGAACCACCUGAUCUGCGCACGGAACAACACCGAACCAGAUGCCACAGCAUUUACUGUCUGGAACAGGACCCAUCCAGGGGUCUGUGCUCUGAACCAGGGCCCCUAGAAUAGAAAGUGUCAGAACUGGAUAGAGAAUUAAAUGUCGGGUGUCAGGGGAUUGGCACUUGAAUAAAGCAUGCCAUGCACCAACGCUGUAUUUAAGAUAGCCACAAGCAACCCAGAUCAGGAACUUCAAUUAGGUGCUUGCUGAAACUUGAUUCUGGAGCAUAAGGCAGGGAAUGCCAAUAAGCGCCAGCAUGGCACCUGGAGCGCAAAACAUUUGAAGUCAGGAAUGAGGGUACCGAAUGAACUGUCUUGCAGUUGGUCAUGAAGUUUUGAGUGUCGCUGCUUUGCUGCUCAAGCUGCUGUGUGCAGUAUGUCUCUUUAUGAUGUCUGUAUGAUCUGUUCUCCAGCACUGCAGCAUGACUUAGCAGGUCUCUUUUUGUCAAGUGGCCAGAUAAGAGCACGAAGUGAGCUCGGCCAGUUGUGUGCUGCAGCAGUUGCUGCCUCUUGAAAGUAAGGUAUGUCUUGC